GCGAAGCGGUACAUCACCUUUUUCUGCAUCAGAUCUGCAACUGUCGGCUCCCCUGGCAUCGAUGGCGCUCUCCUCCUCGCCACCGUCAUUGCUUGCUCUCUCGGUUAUCUCCAUCGUUGUCCUCAUCAUCUCGAUGGCCGAUCUGACCUCGUCCCAGAUCUCGCCCUCGCCCUCGCCUGUCUCCGGGGGUCCCCUUCGAUCGCCUCCCGCACCCUCGCCGACGUCUCCCCCAUCGAAGACUCCAUCCCCGUCCCCGUCUCCGGGAACCCUUGGGUCCCCUCCAGCGCCACCGCCGGAGACGCUCUCUCCCGCACCGACCCCGUCCACUGCGCCUUCCCCCGCGCCGAGAGCGGGAAGCGCGGAUGUCCGGGCAGAUGUGGACGAAGUUGGAGGAGGAGGAGAGGGAGGCAUGAGCGGGGGUAAAAAGGCGGGGAUCGCGGCGGGGCUCAUACUGGGAGUGGCGGUGCUGGCCGUGGGGGCGGUGCUCUACAAGAAGCGGCGCGACAACAUCCAGCGGUCCAGGUACAGCUACGCCACCCGCAGGGAGAUGCUUUGAAAUUCACAAAUCUUGAUUGAUGGAUGACGCGAUCAUCUCGUUCCAUUCCAUUCCAUGAUAGCAGAAGCAUUUGGGAGAAGAAAUAAUGAUAGGUUUUACUUAGAUUCUUUUAUUUAGACUGAGAACAGAGUAUCGUGUGAUUCAGAUUCUUUGCUUUGGAUUAGAUCUAUAGAUUUGGAUUUGUUCUUGCUCA